CCAUCUUUCUCAUAACUGCUCCCUCUCUCUCUCUUUCUCUCAACUUUCCCUCUCUAUAUGUACAGGUAUCGUUGCUUGUAUAGUUCCGUUUGUGCUUGAAGAGGAAUUUUUGGGGAUUUCAUCAAAUGUCGUGUGUUGCGAUCUACGACUCGCCGGAAUCGGCUAGGUUUUCCUCAGGAGAUCGGCGGUUUCUGGCGCCGAAGAGUUUACUAGGACAGAGAGAAGAUGCCGAGGUUCAGAGUUCGUCAUCUUCAUCGUCGAUUGGGAGGAAUAGUGAUGUCUCGUCGGCCAGAGGCUCGGUGGACGGUGAUCAGAAUAACGGGGAUGGUGAGGAGGUGCAGAGCGAGUUCAAAGGACCGUUGGGUAGUUUGGAUGCUUUGGAGGAAGUUUUGCCUAUCAAGAGAGGCAUAUCAAACUUCUACUGUGGCAAAUCAAAGUCUUUUACGAGUCUAGCAGACACUGCAUCUUGUUCCACCAUCAAAGAUAUUGUUAAGCCAGUAAAUGCUUAUACUAGGAAACGCAAGAACUUGCUAGCUUACAGUAAUUUCUUCGACAAGAAUCGUAAUCACCUUUCAAGAAGUAAUAGCGGUGGAAUAUCAAAGAGACCUGUCAACUCUAGUAGAAGUACAUUGGCUCUUGCAGUAACCAUGAGUAGUCCUGAGAGCGCUAGUAACAGCGAAAGCUCCAAUUCACACUUAUUGCUGCCUAAUACGUGUCUUCCUCCUCUGCCCCCACACAGUAGAAGAUCACCUGACAAAGAAUCAUCUCCAUCACCGCCAGCACGAAGUUUCUCCCCAUGGCGAUCUUUCUCUCUAUCUGAUCUGCAAUGUGCCGUUGGGGCAACUCCCAGCAUCACUGGCUUAGUGAUUAAUAACCAAGUCAAGGAGGAGAACAUUCAUUGA